AUGUCUCUUACGCCUCUCUCAUCUCUCCGCGUCUCGAAACAUCUCAUACCAGCACAUAAUCUCAUUCCCAACUGCAGCAUCCAGCAAAAACCUUUGCUUCAUUACCAUGGCGCGUUUCAACGCCCCGUCUCAGCGUUAAAGAUCGAAGCACACCUCACGUCAAUUGGUGUAGUGAAACCUCAAUGGCGCUACACAAUGUAUAGCCAGACGCACUUCCACAGCACAUCCCACGAGGUCCUCUGCAUCAGCUACGGCAGGGCGCGGUUGUGCUUCGGCGGCGAGGAGAACAAUGGGCGCGUUGAGCCUGUGGUGGAACAGGGAGACGUUGUCAUUGUGCCUGCGGGCGUUGGACAUCGGCUGUUGGAGGAUUUGGAUGGUGGGUUUGAAAUGGUGGGGAGUUACCCGGAAGGAUACGAUUGGGACAUGUGUUAUGGGAAGAACGGAGAGGAGAAGAAGGUUAAUGUCAUUAAGGAUUUAGAAUGGUUUCGGAAAGAUCCUGUAUAUGGUAACGAAGGACCGGCUAUAGAGGUAUAA